UUGAGGGCGGAGAGAUACAAACAUGGCUAUAUAACUCGCAACCUAAGCUGACAGAUAACUAAUAGAUUUCAAAAGCAGGAAAAAAUUGUGUAAAUUAUAAUGGCAAGUGUAGCGACUUCACCAUGCUAAAGAGUCGCUGAGAGGCUGAAGCCAGGCCUUUCCUUUGUCCGAUGCGCCGCACAUAAAAAAAUCUCUGAGAUACGAAAAAUAAGUUUUUAACCUUUUAUUAGAGAAAAAUAAUGAUCUACUUAUGAUACCGUGCAAGUACCGUCAAAGUAAUCACAGAGAUUAAAGAAAUUAGCGGUCAACAAAAAUACGGCAACCCUGCUCUUUGUCUCUCUGGCCACACAGAUGAGCAGGUGCUUAUAUGUAUUAACAAACUAUCACCGCCCAUAUCCAUUUGACCUACUUCCCUCAUCCACGUGAUCACAACAAACCUAAAUAAUGUCAUAAACAAUAACAAACACCACUAUUCAAAUUUAAACUGUCAUGCACCUACCAAAUGAAUCUAAAUUCAUUCAUGGCUCCUACAGCUAGCUUUACAUUGGGCUCCCAAAUGACUAAAUACGGUUCUGGCUGAGGGAUCAGUUAAAGGAAAAAAAUGUUUCAAUACAGAAGCUGUCGAAAAAUAGAGAUACAUGGAAAUAACCAUGCAUUUAAUUGACAGCAAUGCAGUGUUGUCAUGCAUACGGAACACAAAAAGCACGUUCAAGAACUUAUUGUUGAAUGAUUACCUCUCUGAGAGGCUCAGUUAAACCCAGCUUGGUCUAUACGAUCUCCUCAAUUCCUGUCAGAGCUCCUCUGCACACGUUUCCAAUUAAAGCGCAUGUCAUCUCACAUUGUGUAGGGAUGAGUGCUAUGGCUAUUCAAUAUUAUUUUCAUUGUUGUUAAGUGUUUCUACAUUUCGCCAUGCAUGCAUGUACACACACGUAAGAAAUCCCUAAUUUUUAACAUCAUUUUAGAUAUUGAUCAUUGACAUAAGGGGGGGCAUGUCUGUCUGUUGGAAUACUGUCAUGAUUGGGUUACUCAGUUCAAGUCUUUGCCAUGGCAACAAAACAGCCAAGCAGGAAAAAGCACUUGCUGCCGCUAUAAUAACUUCCUUUUUCUAAAGCUUAAUCCCAAUUCUACCUCUUAGCCCUAUCCCUUUGUCUUACCCCUACCUAUUAAAACCUUGGGCCAAGGCGAAGAAGACACUAAGAAAAGGGACACCGCUUGAUCAUCAUCACCCUUCAUCGCUUGCCGGCUGUGACAUAGGCAGAUAAGAUCAUUCUUUGGUUCAUAAUAAAUGUUUCCUACCCCGAAUUAAUUACUGGGAUUGCAGCUUUUUAAUGGUCAUGCAGUGCUGUGUGAUGUAGCAAAGGGCUGACUCCUGAAUGUAAUAACAUAUGAGUGACGUUACUGUGAAAAUCAAUAAUUAUUAGGGCUGUCAAUCGAUUAAAAUAUUUUAUCGCAAUUAAUUGCAUUUUUGUCCAAGUCACAGGCCACAUUUAAUCAUAGAUAGAAAUCAGUUCUAAUCUAUAAGUAGGGGAAAUCUCUUUGUGGUAAACUAUUCGAUAAUUCCGUCAAAUUUCAUGUAAAAGGAUAUCGAUUUCAGAACUAUGGGUCAUUAUUUAAAACAAUACAUUCAGCAAGCAUAUUGUAAGUGAGACCUCUCUCACUGACACAAACAUGUUUUUGUUUAUUUGUGUCAGGAGGAAUUUUGACCAGGAGCUGAUAUUCAGGGCCCCGUGCUUCAUGAUGAGUUUUGACGCUAUGAUGCAGUUAAAAGCAGAGCUGAAGUCGAUGAACAAGCGGGCGGAGAGGGCAGUGUGGACCUGUUAGACCUGGCUCCAUGGCCCCAAGCCACCCUUUCCCGACAGUAGACGUCCCAGACCACGCCCACUACACCAUUGGGGUUGUCAUCCUUGUCGUGGGCAUCACAGGCAUCCUGGGGAACUUUUUGGUUAUUUAUGCCUUCUGCAGAAGCCGAAGCUUGCGGACGCCAUCCAACAUCUUUAUCAUUAAUUUGGCCAUUACAGACUUCUUCAUGUGUCUGACUCAGACGCCCACCUUCUUCAUUGCAAGCAUGCACAAGAGAUGGAUCUUCGGAAAGAAAGGUUGUGAGUUGUACGCCUUUUGCGGCGCCCUUUUUGGCAUCUGCAGCAUGAUGACGCUCAUGGUGAUCGCCGUGGACCGCUACGUGGUGAUCACCAAGCCGCUGGCCUCACUGGGCGCCAUGUCUCGCAGGAAAGCCCUGAGCAUCGUGGCUGCCGCCUGGCUCUACUCCAUGGGUUGGAGCCUGCCGCCGUUCUUUGGAUGGAGUGCUUACAUCCCGGAGGGUUUAAUGACGUCUUGCUCAUGGGAUUACAUGACGUUCACACCCUUGGUGCGCUCCUACACCAUGCUGCUCUUCACCUUUGUCUUCUUCAUCCCACUCUCCAUCAUCAUCUUCUGCUACUGCUGCAUCUUCAGAGCCAUCCGACACACAACCCGGGCCUUUGAAAAACUCCACUGUGGGGGAACCAGAGACUCCGUUAAGAGAUUCCAUAGGAUGAAGAGUGAAUGGAAGAUGGCCAAGAUCGCCCUGAUCGUCAUCCUGCUCUUUGUCGUUUCCUGGGCGCCGUACUCCUGCAUGGCUCUCACCGCAUUCGCUGGGUACGCCGACCUGCUGACCCCCUACAUGAGCUCUGUACCAGCUGUGAUUGCCAAAGCAUCAGCCAUUCACAACCCCAUCAUAUAUGCUAUCACGCACCCCAAAUACAGGUCAGCCAUCAGUAGGUACGUCCCCUAUCUGGGCACGCUGCUCUGCAUCAGGGGCCGGGACCGCUUCAGUAGCAGCAGCAGCAGUUUCCAGUCCACCCGCCGCUCCACCGUCACCAGCCAGUUGGAAAGUCACCGCCACUGCAUGCCAGCCCGCUCCUCGCAGUCAGACAGCGAACUAGCGCGCUUUGCCAACAUGGAUGAGGACAGUUCCUAUCAAACGCCGGUUAACCAUCAGUUGUCCUCUGACAUCAAGCACGGGCGCCGUUCCAGCCAGAGAUUAAAGAUUGCCAAUGAACCUGAAGACAUCUCCAUGUCGGACCUCAGCAUCCAACCAAAGAACCCCAAUCAUCUUCCUGUCAGUACAGAAAAAGGAGCUUGUCCCGUGUGUGUGUACGUGUGUGUGUAUUUAUGUGUGUACGCGUGUCACAGAAUCCCACCUACCGGAGCUCCACCCCACCCCUUUUCCAGCCCCGGUGUUUGUCCCCGAGAGAGGCAAGGGAGCACAGUGACGCCUCAAGGCCUGACGGAGGAGCAAGCUGCAAGGGGGGUGGGCUACACGAGCGCAGCAGAAGGAUACCAGGGCAAGCACGGUCUGCACAGGCCCGACAUGAGCACAUACACUGUGAUGCUGAACGGCCCGGCGCCGUGGGGCUUCAGGCUGCAGGGGGGGAAGGACUUCAACAUGCCGCUCACCAUCUCCAGGAUAACCCCCGGUAGCAAGGCGUCGGGCGGCAGCCUGUCCCAGGGAGACAUCAUCUCAGCCAUCGACGGCGCCAGCACUGACGGCAUGACUCACCUGGAGGCUCAGAACAAGAUCAAGGCUGCCACUGCUAGACUCUCGCUCACCAUGCAAAAAUCCAGGCGCCCCGCACCCGUUCCCACAGCCACCCCCAGGAUGGAUUCCCCCAUGCCUGUCAUCCCCCACCAGAAGGUCAUCGCCAACACAGCUGCCAACUUGGAGUACACCCCCAGCUUCAACCCCAUCGCCCUGAAAGACUCGGCCCUGUCCACCCACAAGCCCAUCGAGGUACGGGGUCCCGGUGGGAAGGCCACCAUCGUCCACGCUCAGUACAACACGCCCAUUAGCAUGUACUCGCAGGACGCCAUCAUGGACGCCAUCGCCGGCCAGUCACAGGCCAAGGGACACGACGGUGAGGAGGCGGGCUCCCCCUUGGCAGGCGUUUUGCCCAUCAAGGACCCCGUGGUGGACUGCGCAUCCCCCGUGUACCAGGCAGUGAUUCGGCCAGGCGACAACACCCAGGAUUUGUCUGAGUGGGCCCGCCGUGCCGCCAACCUGCAGUCCAAAAGCUUCCGGAUGCUGGCCCACAUCACUGGAACCGAAUAUAUGCAAGACCCAGAUGAGGAAGCUCUGCAGAGGUCGAGAGAGAAAUUUGAGUCAGAGAUGCGAGGUCCUCGCUUUGCCAAGCUGAAGAACUGGCACCACGGACUGUCUGCACAGAUCCUCAACGUCCAGGAGUAAAAAAAAAAAAAAAAAAAAAGAGGAGAGGAGAGGAGAGAGGAAGGAAGUAAGAUAAGGGGACAUGGAGCAAUAUAAAAAAACACAAGAAAGCAAAUGAGGGCAAAGAGGAGGAAGAGAAGGAAUGUGUGUUGCUUCUAGACGCGUAGAACGUGAGAUGUUAUUGUUAGUGUGAGAAUGCUGUUCAUCAUGUACAUACAUGAACAUCAUGCCAUGUCUGCUGCUAUGUUCCGUCCCCCUGUGCUGCACCACAGAGAAACUCGCUGUACGGAACCUUUUUAGCCUCAAUAAGAAGUUUAGCUGGGUCAAACACACACACACGCAUGCACACACACAGACAUUUUGACAUGCACAAAAACAGUAUGUAAAGAAAAUGCACUCAAACUAUACUAAUGUCAAUGUGAAUAAAUGUUUUCCUAAAACCACACAGCCGACUCAUGCUGCAUCCAGCAAUCAAAGAAAUCUACACACAACCUACAGUUAGGUCCAUAAAUAUUUGGACGGACACAAAGUUUUUCUCAUUUUGGUACUGUACACUACCACGAUGUAUUUGAAAUGAUAUAGUUCAGAUGUAGUUCAAGUGCAGACUUUCAGCUUUAAUUUAGCGGGUUGAACAAAAAGAUUGCAUAAAAAUGCCAGGAAUUAAAGCAGUUUUUAAACACAAUCCCUUCAUUUCAGGGGCUCAAAAGUAAUUGGACAAAUUAAGUAACUGAAAACUAAAUGUUCAUUUCUAAUACUUGGUUGAAAACCCUUUGCUGGUAAUGACUUCUUGAAGUCUUGAACUCAUGGACAUCACCAGAUGCUGGGUUUCCUCCAUUCCAAUGCUCUGCCAGGCCCUAACUGCUGUUUGUUUGUGGGCCUUUCUGUUCUAAGUUUAGUCUUUAACAAGUGAAAUGCAUGCUCAAUUGGGUUGAGAUCAGGUGAGUGACUUGGCCAUUCAAGAAUAUUCCACUUCUUUGCUUUAAUAAACUCCUGGGUUGCUUUUGCUGUA